UCCAUCCACUUUAUCGAGCAACACAACAUGCUUCCACGACUGCAAACCGUCUAGCACGCACCCUUGGUGCACGUCGUCGUGGUGCAAUGGAUCUCGACAACACCAAUUGCGCUCCAUGGCCAGCUCUCAGGAACUCAGACUCUCCUCGUCUGCAACGUCGCACCGCCUACCAACCGUAUCUGCCACUCAAGCUCUGCAGACCCUGAGGGCGCGCGGUCAGCAAUGUCUUCCGACCGGUCUGCCCCCGCUCGAUGCCAUAUUACAGCCGCCGCCGACGACGUCAAUUGGCGCGAGUAUAAGAGGUGGAGGAGGAGGUGCAGGGCUCAAGCGUGGACAGGUGACUGAAGUGUACGGGCCUCCGGGAGUGGGCAAGACGACCUUUGCGGCGCAAGUAUGCAUCAAUGCCAUACACGCAGGACAGACUGCGGUAUGGGUCGACGCAGGCGCCGCGAUAGUCCACCGGCGACUCGAGGAGAUAGUCCCCAAACCAGCCGUCAGAGACGCAAACGCGAAUGCAUCCACUCCGUCUACAUCCCCGCUUCACCGGAUCCAGAAACACUCGACCGCGACACUAGCACACCUCCUCGCCCUCUUCAUCCGACCCCCCGCGACAUUCCCCCCUAAAGGAACAAGCAUCAUCGUCAUCGACGGCCUGUCCACCCUCCUCGACAACGCAUAUCCGCGCAAGCCGACGACGACAGCAACGACAACAACAACAACCAAACAGCAAAGCACAAGCAACAAACGCACCGACGCAGCAAAAUGGGCCGCCGGACGCCGCUUCGCCGUGACGAGCGAGCUGGUCGCAAAGCUGGGCAAGAUGGCUGCCAUGCAUGACCUCGUCGUGCUGGUAACAAGCCAGACCAUCACCCGCAUGCGACCGGGCGCCGGUGCGGCGCUGCUGCCCGCGAUCAACGGGAGUGAUUGGGAUAACGGCGUGGCGACGCGACUGGUGCUGUUUCGAGACUGGCCGCCGCCGGCGGCGCAGACGUUUGAUCCGGACGUUGAGCCGGAGAGGCUCGCUCGGCUCCGCUUUGUCGGCGUGGAGAAGCUUCCCGGUGUGGCGUCUGGCGGCGGUACGGGCAAUGGCGUUGGGUCGGUGAUUCCGUUUACCAUUGAAGCGACCGGCAUCACAGAACUCCCAAUCAGCAACGACGACAGUAACAUCGAUGAUGAAAACACCACCGCAACCACCACCACCACCGCCAAAGUCGCAAUCCAGCACGCCCUCAUCACCUCGCCAAUCCGCCCACCUAAGCGCGCAUACACGGAGAUUGCAGACUCGGACGACGAAAACGGAGACGAAAACGGAGACGGAGACGAAGACGAAGACGGAGACGAAGACGAAGACGAGCCCCCGGACUCAGACGACCUGCUAUACGGCUGGGAUCAUAACGACGACGAUGGUGACGACGACGUGCCUCCUCCUGAUGAAGGGGCAGCUACUCGCUGAGCAAAGCAGCGCUUGCAGGAACGACGACAGCGACAAUGACAAGAACAGUGACAACAACAAGUAUCACAGCGGUAGAGGGUGACUCUGUGCGUUGAAUCUGCCCCGGCGGAAAUGUAUGUAUGUAGCUAGGAUGGAUGGGAUGCGAAUUUCUUGGGAAUGCGGGGGAUUGGUCAUGAUCGAUGGAUGAACAUGAUGUGUAUUGGCGUUGAUAAGUUAACUGCUAAUACUAGACAGAAUAACACACAAUACCUGAGAUAGCCAUGAAUAAGAUGACCUC